CGCAAUGGGCAGCAAAACCUUGCCAGCGCCAGUGCCCAUCCACCCGUCCCUGCAGCUCACCAACUAUUCCUUCCUGCAGGCAGUGAAUGGCCUGCCUACGGUGCCCUCGGACCACCUGCCUAACCUGUAUGGUUUCAGUGCGCUGCACGCUGUGCACCUGCACCAGUGGACACUGGGCUACCCAGCCAUGCACUUGCCGCGCUCCUCUUUCUCCAAAGUGCCAAGCGGUGUAUCUAGCUUGGUGGACGCACGCUUCCAGCUGCCUGCCUUUCCCUGGUUCCCUCAUGUCAUCCAGCCCAAGCCAGAGAUCACCGCUGGAGGCAGCGGCCCCGCAGCGCUUAAGACCAAGCCUCGCUUUGAUUUUGCCAACCUGGCCUUGGCCGCCACGCAAGAAGACCCGUCCAAGCUUGGUAGGGGGGAGGGCCCCGGCUCCCCCGCGGGUGGGCUGGGCACCCUCCUGGACGUGACCAAGCUGUCCCCAGAAAAGAAACCCACGAGAGGACGCCUGCCUUCCAAGACAAAGAAGGAGUUCGUCUGCAAGUUCUGUGGCCGCCACUUCACCAAGUCCUACAACCUACUCAUUCAUGAGCGGACGCACACCGAUGAGCGACCCUACACCUGUGACAUCUGCCACAAAGCCUUCCGGAGGCAAGACCACCUACGGGACCACAGAUAUAUUCACUCCAAAGAGAAGCCCUUCAAGUGUCAAGAGUGCGGGAAAGGAUUUUGCCAGUCCAGGACUCUCGCUGUCCACAAGACGCUACACUCACAGGUGAAGGAGCUUAAAACUUCCAAGAUCAAAUGCUAAAUAAAGCCUCCGGGUGCGCAGGACCCUGGCUCACGCCGCCCCCUCCAGAGGGACUGGAAGCCGAAGGCGACUCUGGCGGGCAGUGGGAGGGGCUCCCGGGACGUUCCCCCACCCAAAACAAUGUCCCUUGGGUCCCAGGCGCACGCAGUACUCCAGAGCCUUGCCGGGAGCCGUGACCCCGGCCGCCCGGGCGGCUCCCCCAGGACGUGGCUAAACUCUUGGCCAAAAGGCGGUACUCACGUGGCGGAAGGGAAACUGCAUUUUUAAAAAAAGAACGAAAGCUCCGCGGAGCCGCAGCGGCGCCUCUCCCAGAAGUAUUACUUUUUCUAUUGUUAUUUUAUACGUUUUCUUUUUUUUUUUUUUCUUUGACCAUAUAAGCUUGUAACUCUGACUUCGGAGAG